AUGAAAGUCGGAAUCGUCGAGUUGGGCGACGGAUUGGGAUUGCGGGCAGUGAACACUAUCACCGGUCCGCACUGCAGCGACAUCUACCGUCAGCUGAAAGCCACUGUACGCCGGCUGUACGAGGAAAUACGCGCGCAGCUCCGGGAUGAAGGCGCCCGGAACCGGGCAAUGGUCGUGCUGUUCGGGGUGGGAUGCGGUCUUGCCGGGGGCUGUGUGCUCGGCAUGUGGAUUGCACGGCCGUAUGCCCCGGCUCCGUGCAUGAAGGCGAUUGUGUGUAACUCCUUCCGUGAUCCGGACAAUCUGGCCAUCUGCCCGACCGGGCCACCGUCGUACCGGUCGCCCGCCGAUGUUCUAGUGCGCGUUCGAGCGGCCUCGCUGCAGCGCAUCGAUCGCCGGCUGUCGUUCGGUUACGGGCGGACCAUCCGGCGGCUGUUGGCGUCCGGCGGGUCGCACGAGCCCGAGCUCCCGCUGGUGCUUGGCCGAUCCUGCGCCGGAACGGUGGAAGCGAUCGGAAGCCGCUACAAGGGCAGCUUCGAGGUGGGUGACGCCGUGUGGCUCGCGAGCGCCUGGUACGAGCCCGGCCUUGCAGCGGAGUUCGUCGUGGUCCCGGAAGCGCGCUUGUCGUCGAUGCCGGCGGGGCUGGAAUUCGCGCACGCGGCCAGCCUGCCCUACAGCGGCUCGGUGGCGCUGCAGCUAAUGCAGGCCCAGCGCCUCACCGGGAGCUCAUGCGCCGACAAAGAGAUCCUGGUGCACGGCGCAAACACUCCGGUGGGUUGCAUCGUAACGCAGCUGGCCGUCAAAUGGGGCGCUCGAGUGGUUGCCACAUGCCCCUCCCAAUUCGUCGCUCUGGUCAACCAGCUCGGCGCCAAAGUGAUUGCAUUCGAUAGCUGCGGCAAUAUCGAAAAAUCGAACGGAUUGGGAAAGUUUAACUACAUCUUCCUCGCAACCCAUCUCCGCGACACGAACGCGAAGUUCUUCGAGAAACUGCUUACAAAAGGGGGAGUGCUGGUGGAUGCCGUCGAGCCGGACCUGGCUUCCGAUGAAUACGGCAUCGUUAGGCGCUUGGUGCUUGCGGGAUACGCGGGAGUGCGGAAGGCGGUGGCGUGGGUGUGCGGCCGCCAGGUUCGCUGGGAUGGGCUCGACCUAGGCCAACGCACACUAGCAACAUUGGCCACAUAUGUGGAGGAUAAAGCCAUCCAUACAUUAGGACCCGUUCAGAUAUUUUCGCCAAGCGAUGCUGGCGCAGCAUUGGAGCUGGUUGCCAGUGGAAAGCCCAUUGGCAACACAGUUAUAACAUUCGCCAACUAA